UGAAUCGUGGCAAGGUGUUAUUUGUCUUUUCACUUUUGCCUUGGAGACGCUGACAUGGUGUUAUUCCUUUUCUUUUUUCCAGCCGGUCCAUAUGGAAUAUUUGCUGGGAGGGACGCCUCCAGGGGCCUGGCUACGUUUUGCCUAGAUAAAGAUGCGCUUCGAGAUGAGUACGACGACCUCUCAGAUUUGAACGCAGUCCAGAUGGAGAGCGUCCGGGAGUGGGAGAUGCAGUUUAAAGAAAAAUACGAUUACGUAGGCAGACUCCUAAAGCCAGGGGAAGAACCUUCGGAAUAUACGGACGAAGAAGAUACCAAGGACCACAAUAAACAGGACUGAACUUUGUAAACAACCAAAGCCAGGGGCCUUCAGCACUGCAGUUCCUACUCCCUUUCACAGAAUUUCCAGCGUCUUGGGGUUUGAUUCACCGGCUGCGAAAAAUGUUCAACAGAGCGUAAAGAAGAUCAGUGACUCUCACUGUGAAGAUUUGAGCAGUAGACACUGCUCGUGCUGCGAAUCUCGUUCGCACCGUUGUCUGGUGGGGCUUGGUCAUCCUGAGAGGAGGAGACGGGAUCCUUUUCAGAGCAAGAAAGUCCCAGAGUUAUGUUUUUCUUCCUCCCUCCCUCCCUCCCUCCUUCCUUCCGUCCGUCCUUCCCUGCCUCUUUCCUUCCUUCCCUCCCUUUGAAAAUAUAUCAAAGACAGCCAGAUACGUAUUUGCUGCUCAAGUGUACAAAUCUCAGAGACAGCAAGGGCCUCGCCUUCGGGUGCUGCGUUUCGCUUUGGCCCUGAGGGAGGCGGCCUGGGCGAGGUGGGUGCACAUCGCGUGAGUGCUUCAGGCCACCGAAGCGUUCGAAUGUGAAUCCCCAAACUUUGCUUUUUGGCUUUGUCAAGGAAGAGGAGCAAGCCUUUAUUUCUGGAGAAGUCUUUGGAAACCAGACAGGAUUUCAGGUGGGUUUAGGUCAAAGCUGAUUCCCCCACAGAAAGCGCAUUUGAAACCAGUGUUUAUCCCUUUCCUUCCCCCAGGUCAGACCCAUGUUAAUUGUGCCUUAUUUCACUUCCAUGGACUUGAAUUAUUUUUAGGGAAAGCCCCUAUGACGAAUUCCGAAGUCACUACAAGCAGCAUUGAGACCGAAGUUGGAAUAUUCUGUUGCUCACAAAACCUUGAUGUCAUUCUGUGUACAUAGAAUGUAAAAGAGUAUUCAGUGUUAACUGCCAUACAUGUUAAAUACACAAACUUCAUCAGUGUUGUCAUGGCCAAACGCAUUCCCUCAUGCUUUUCCCUUUUCAAAAAGUUGUCACUUCUAAGCCAGUCCCAGCGUUGACCCCGGCAGCUGCCUGCCGCGGGAGUCCGCCCCACGCGUCGUGGCGUGGGGGUGUGGGGCGGGGUGGGUGCCUGGGUGUGGGUGUGUGUGCACGCCUCGGAAGGGACUCUCCUGCGGAGACUGUAAAUACAAGAACCGUUUUAAUAAAGCAUGUCCAAUAAGC